GUUCAUGUGAGGGAGACCCCGCGGGCUCCUCGAGAGGAUGCACGCGCAUCGUUUGACUCUGAAGUUACACAGCGGCUAUAGAAAAUGUUCCGCUCACUGAACAACAAGUUUUGCGUGAUUCGCGACAAUACGCGUUUGUUAUCUGGACCUUUAAAUAUGAUGCUGUGACGUCAGCGUCGCCAGUGUUUAAAACAACGUGCAACUGAGCCAACAUUUGUUAUGAUUUUUUAUUUUUUAUUUGUAUUUUUUACUUCAACUACAGCGCUGCACCACGCUGAGUCUGUGUCAUACUGCAGAUUUUGGCUAUUUGUGUUGUUGAUUUGUUUAAGAGACGAACUGAAAGAAGAACGGGACGUUUAGCUCCAGUUGAUGGAAGAUGUUACUGAUGAACUGAUGACCCGCAGCGGGACCGCAGCCUCCUCUGGACUUGACACUCAUCAUGUCAUUUACACAGUUUGGCUAUUCAUAUCCUGCAACACCACAGCUUUUAAUGUCUUCUAACGCUCUGAGCACCUGCUAUGAGUCUAGUGGUUCACUACUGGACUCUGGAGUGGCGGCUUCUCCUCAAAACCCGCUUUAUUGCCCAGUAUAUGAAAGUAGGCUUGUGGCCUCCAGCCGGCAUGACCUGAUCCCUACUGCUGCUCCCUACGGCAACUCCUGUUCAAAGACUCUCGGUUAUGAUACUUGCAGCACUUAUGGUCCAGAUUCAGCCUCAUAUUACCCACUGGGUAAACUUAGUGAGAAAGAUGGAGUGUCAGCAGGACAUUCAAGAAUCAGCCAAAGCUCUGCAUACUACCCUUACGACUACCCAAUUGGACAAUACCAGUAUGACAGAUAUGGGUAUGGAUCUGGAGAUGUGGGCACAAGAAGAAAAAAUGCUACCAGAGAGACCACCAGCACACUGAAAGCAUGGCUGCAGGAGCAUAAAAAGAACCCGUAUCCCACCAAGGGUGAGAAGAUCAUGCUGGCCAUCAUCACAAAGAUGACCCUUACACAGGUGUCCACCUGGUUCGCCAACGCGCGCCGGAGACUCAAGAAGGAAAACAAGAUGACAUGGUCACCACGCAACAAGGCCUCAGAUGAGAAAGAGUGUGAUGACGAACAAGAAGAUAUGGACGAAUCGCAGGGGCAACCAAUAAAAACCCAACAAGAAUUCAAUGCUCCAGACAGCCAUGGAAAGGAUGAUGCGGAUCAACUUCACAGCGAUCUGGAAGACUUCGAUCUAGUGGGAUCAGAUGGCUCAGAGUGUGAAUCGAAACCAUCCGUUGUCAUGCGCGUUUGUUCAGAGACCAGCGAAUGUCCAGACAACCGUUUUAAAGAGGACUUUCACGAAUCCGUUUCCAAGCUCCUGACAGAUGUCCAUGAAUUUAAUGAAGACCAAUUAAUACUUACCUCCGAAGACAACCAGACAGCGAAGUUCUACCUUCAACAAGGCCAAAAGACCACUGAGCCCAAGCCAAAAAUCUGGUCGCUUGCACAGACUGCUACGUCCUUAAACCAAGCCGAUUACUCAUCAUGCAUGCUUAAAGGAACUUCGUGCUCUUCUUCAAAUUGUGACUCAGACUCAGACAUAACAAAGAGGAAACAAGUGUCUCCAGUGGCCACGCUUACAAACUGGGUUGACGGUGUGUUUCACGAUCCUUUAUUCAUGCACACCAACUUAAACCAAAUUUUCAACAACUCCACAGAGUUAUGGACUGAAGGAAUUUCCUCACAAAAUAAGUACCAUGAAGACUCAAGACCUAUUACUAAUUCUCAACAUACGUCAUAACUGUGACAGUGUUUGUUUUUGAAUAUACUUUCAGGUUGCACCAAACUGAAUAGUUAAGCCAUCAAAAAAGCCACACUCUAAGUUUGGAAUUAAAUUGUUCUUAUGUCUUAAUUAUUAGUUUCAUUUUGUAAGCUCAUGUCAUAUAAGACCUCCUGAAAGUCUGAUGAACUUUAUAUUUAGAGCUUAACAACACAACAAUAUAGAUUUAGAAAGAUUGGCACUGUUUCACUUAAGAAAAAAAUAAAUUAAUCUGGUUCUGUCUGUGUUAAAGAAAGUAAUCACUACUGUAUAAUAGCACGGUACACAGAUUUCCCACAGUCUGAAGUCUCAGCUGCUGAUCUCUAUAGAUUUAUUUCUCACGUCCAUAGAAAUAA